ACCGGGGCGGCAAUGGCGGCGGCGGCGCCUGCGCGCGGCGCCCUCCGUGCGGACCGCGCAGAGUGAAUAAUAAAGGUCUCCUCGGCGGGAGCGGCGGCGGCGGGCGGGAGGCAUGUCCAAGGGCCCGGUAGCGAGCGGCCCUGCCGCGACCGGGCCGGCGAACGCCGCCAGCGCGCUGCAAGCGCAGCCCGAGAAGCCGCAGCACUACACUUACCUGAAGGAGUUCCGCACAGAGCAGUGCCCUCUCUUCGUGCAGCACAAGUGCACUCAGCACCGGCCCUACACUUGCUUCCAUUGGCACUUUGUCAACCAGCGCCGUCGCAGAUCUAUCCGCCGUCGGGAUGGGACGUUUAACUACAGCCCUGACAUUUACUGUACCAAGUAUGAUGAGACCACAGGAAUCUGCCCAGAAGGAGACGAAUGUCCCUUCUUGCAUAGAACUACUGGAGACACAGAGAGGAGGUAUCACUUACGCUAUUACAAAACUGGAAUCUGCAUCCAUGAGACAGACUCCAAGGGAAACUGCACAAAGAAUGGAGUCCACUGUGCUUUUGCUCAUGGGCCCCAUGAUUUACGCUCUCCUGUGUAUGACAUCAGGGAGCUUCAGGCCAUGGAGGCUUUGCAGAAUGGUCAGACUACAUCAGAAGGUGGCAUAGAGGGUCAAUCUGCAGUUGCUGCUAGCCAUGCUAUGAUAGAGAAAAUACUCAGUGAGGAGCCAAGGUGGCAAGAUACAACGUAUGUAUUGGGAAAUUAUAAGACAGAGCAGUGUAAGAAGCCUCCUCGUCUCUGUCGCCAGGGUUAUGCCUGUCCAUACUAUCACAAUAGCAAAGACAGAAGAAGGAGCCCAAGGAAACACAAAUACAGAUCUUCACCAUGUCCCAGUGUGAAACAUGGAGAUGAGUGGGGAGAUCCUAGUAAGUGUGAAAAUGGAGACUCGUGCCAAUACUGCCACACUCGCACAGAACAGCAGUUCCAUCCAGAGAUCUACAAAUCCACCAAGUGCAAUGAUAUGCAGCAGUCUGGCAGCUGUCCCCGAGGACCCUUCUGUGCCUUUGCACACGUAGAACAGCCUCCACUCAAUGAAGACCUACAGCAAUCCUCAGCUGUGUCCAGCCCCACGCAGGCAGGCCCAGUGAUGUAUAUGCCAUCAGCAGCUGGUGAUUCUGUUCCAGUCAGCCCUUCCAGUCCACAUGCUCCAGACCUCAGCAAUGUGUGGAAUAAAUCAGGAACUCUGCCAACUAGCCCCACCUCCACCACAAUUCUUUGUAGGAACAGCAGUCUCGGAAGCCCAUCUAAUAUAUGUGGGUCUCCUCCUGGUGCGAUUGGAAAGCCACACAGCCUGGAGAGCAUUGGUUUUCCUCCAGAUUCAGUAACAGCAGCUGGCAGCUACAAGAAAGCACCGGGGUUUGAGCGAGAAGAUCAGGUGGGGGCCGAGUAUUUGAAGAGUUUCAAAUGCCAGCAAGCAAAAAUGAAGUCCCAUUCACUGGAACACAGGAGCCAGGAGCAACCUUUGUUACAGCCCAAACAGGACAUACUGGGUAUUCUCCCAGUGGGGAGCCCACUGACAUCCAGCAUCUCCUCCAGUAUCACCUCCAGUCUGGCUGCAACACCACCAAGCCCCGCUGGCACCAGCAGCAUACCAGGCAUGAAUGCCAAUGCCCUUCCUUUCUACCCAACCAGUGACACCGUUGAGUCUGUCAUAGAGUCUGCCUUGGAUGACCUGGACCUGAAUGAAUUCGGAGUGGCUGCCCUGGAGAAGACAUUUGACAGCAGCACAGUGCCCCACACGAGUGGCAUCAUGAUAGGUGGGAGUUUGCUGCAAAGUUCUGCUCCUGUAAAUAUCCCCGGGUCCCUUGGAAGCUCUGCCUCCUUUCACUCUGCCUCUCCUUCUCCACCGGUCAGCCUCUCAUCGCAUUUCCUCCAUCAGCCCCAGGGACACUUAAGCCAAUCAGAAAACACGUUCCUGGGGACAUCAGCUUCUCAUGGAUCAUUAGGUUUAAAUGGGAUGAACAGCAGCAUAUGGGAACACUUUGCUUCGGGGAGUUUUUCGCCCAGUACCUCACCUGCAUUUCUGUCAGGUCCAGGUGCUGCGGAGCUGGCACGGCUACGGCAAGAACUGGAUGAAGCCAACGGCACAAUAAAGCAGUGGGAAGAGUCUUGGAAACAAGCCAAGCAGGCUUGUGAUGCUUGGAAAAAGGAGGCAGAGGAAGCAAACGAUCGCGCCAACACAGCUAACAUGGAAUGUGAACUGGCUCGGGAGCAGAGGGAAGCCUUGGAACUGCAAGUGAAGAAACUACAGGAGGAGCUGGAGAGGAUCCACACAGGCCAGGACCCUCAGUUUCUGCGCUCCUUCUCUGACCUGGAAACCCUCUCACUCUCUUCACUUUACACCCUCCAGAAGCAGUUGCGGGCAAACCUGGAGAAGGUCGAUAAGGCAGUAUUUCAGAUGCAGUCAGUGAAAUGCCUUAAGUGUCAGGAGGAGAACCGCGUGGUGUUACCGUGCCAACACGCCGUGCUGUGCGAGACGUGCGCCGAGGAGGGCGAGUGCCCCAUCUGCCACCCCAACAGGCCCCACGCCCUGCAGUCGUGACCUUCCCAGGACGUUUGUUCUGAUCAUAUCAUAGAACUUUUUAACUUUAUACGUACGUACAUAUAUAUGUAUGUGUACAUAUAUAUAUGUAUGUGUAGAUAUAUCUAUGUAUGUGUGUAUGUGCGUGUCUGUGUAUGUGUGUAUAUGCACACGCACGCACGUACCCGCAGAAAACAGAAAUUAGUUGCAGAGCACUUUUUAAUAUUUUACAUCCCGUAUCUAAGCUGCCCCUCACCCGUGCCCCACUAAUUCUAACUCUUGAGGAACUUUGAGAGCUGUUUUUAAUACAGAUCAAAGGGCCAUUUGCAAAGAGUCUGCGUUUCUCCUCUUUUCUAUUUAGGUGAUAACAAAUUUUUGACUAUUUCCAGAAGGAUUUAGAGUGGGCAAGAGGGGCUUCCACGUGCUUUCCAGAGGAAAGAGUUGAGAUCGUGGGGAGGAUCGAGGUGGAUUGAAAUGACUGUUUCACGUCUUCGGUCUCCCUGCUCUUUCACUGACCCAGCUUGGUUAAAGCCGUCCUCCCCGAUGGAAGCUCUGCUGGGUCCCUGCCUGGUGGGCCUCACGUUGCUGAUCUCUGAAUGUGCAGAAACUUUGUCUGUCGUUUAAAACAGCAAAGUUCACUUUUUAAAGUUUUUUACACUCUUUGUAUAUUUAUAUGAAAAGAAGAAAAGGGGGGAAAAAAAUAUAUAUUGUACCUAAAGCAAGCCAGGCCCCCAGAUUCAGUGACCAGUAAUCAUUGCUGAUACAGCUAACGUUGCAGGUUUGAGCAGCCUUUCAGUCGUCAUCCUUGUGUCAGCUGAAGCCCUUUGUGAAAGGGGAAUGGAUACACAGGUUAGUUCUCUGCAGACACCCCUUUACUUAGUGGCUGCCUGAAGAAUUUGUACCGCUUCAGACCAGAUUGGUUUUCUUUUAGCCACAGAGACCUCUUUUGUAGUCACUGCUGGAUCACGUGAAACAAUUCCAGACACAGUCUAAGGACUCUUUUUUUUAACUGUUUGGACAGAGUUGGCGUUCCCUGUUUCAGCAGCUCAGGGGUGAACCGUGGGCUGUUAAAUCCAGAAGCCUCAUGCCAGCCUGUGGUGGGAGAGAGCCCUGCAUGGAACCAACUGCUGAUAAAUCAAUUGCAGCUGGAGGCUGGAGCUGGAGAGGAACGUACAUUCCUUGCUUUCUGCUGCUCCUAGGUGGGGAUGCUUCUUCCUGCUCAUCGCUGUGGCACAAAACACAGUGCAUGUUACCACUGAAGCUUAUGAACACAGCCACUGUUUGUAUGUGCAUAUGAAAGUGUUGUUGAUGGGGAAACUCUAAAGCUGGUUGGUCUCGUGAUGCCCUGUUUUUCGUGUUAGUAAUGUUACAGAGAGGAGGGAGCAAGCAAGGAAGAGGACUUUAAUUCAAAUUCUCAUUUAAGUGUUCAGAACUCAUCAGCCGCUCUAUGUGGUGCUGUGAUUGGUGGCAGUGUGGAGGUUGCUGUGUGUGGCUGUGUGCAGGCUGGGCUGCUGAACCAGCCAGCUCAGAGCAGAAGGAAGCAUCUCCAUCGGAGGGACGUGACUGCAGGGCUCCGCAGCCCUCUCACUCUCCUUCCUCCCAUCUCAGCCUCCAUUCCUGAGCACAGGCCUUUCCACCGCCCUCCUGUAGCUCUCACUGGUGUCUCUGACCUGCUGAGUUUGUUUCGGGCUGUUGUCCCCAAACACCACCUGCAAAAAGAGCUCAGGGACUUUCUCCUCGUGAGGAUCCUCUUUGUGGUUGAAUUUAAUCUCAGAUCAUUUCAGAAAGGCAAAGGAGGAAAUCCCUCAGACCAGUCCAACACGAGCCACGCUGUCCGGUGCGCUUCUUUAUAGGGAAAAGAAAUGCCUCCAGCUUAGACCUGCCAGCAGCUGAGCUUUCCCAUGACAUCCUUUACCAGCGCAUCCAUCGGAUUUUCCCCUCGGGUGGAUUGCAGUAACCUGCUGGGAUCUCAACCAGAAGGCUGCUCCGUUCUCUCAGUACUGUUGCUCUGUGCAGGGAUGCUGCCUGCGCUGCCCCUCCCAGCCCUUGGGAAAGCACUGGAACCUCCAGCAGCCCACUGUUGUUGUAGGAGCACCCAAAUCAUUACCAGAGCCUCUCAGAAAGCUUCCUAUUUUAACACAAAGACAUGAUUAGGUUUGCUUCUGUAAUUCCACCUUUCCUUCGUAUGGCAAGGGUUAAUAUGCAUUCCCAGAUGAUCUCUUAAGUACAGCUCUGUGUAGUUCUUUUGUUUUGUUUUUCCCAUUAACGUGUUGGGUUUUUUUGUUUUUUUUUUUUAUUUGUAAAAAUGCUCUUUUUCCCCCCAUGUGUAUUUUAUUGUAACUAGCAUCAGUUUUUUAAAUUUUUUUAAUUUUAAAUGGAGAGACACUGUUGGGUGAACAUAGUGGCUAUGUUGUUUGGUUAUAUAGCCUUUGAAUGUCUGUGCCAUGGGGCAGCACAUCUGCCUCGGUCUGAUCUUAAGGAAAGACCUUUUAUUAAAAUAUGUGAACAUUUC